GACCAGUACGUCGACGGCCUGGCCUCCGCGGAUUACGACGUGGUGCUGUCGGACGACUGGGAGCUCCAGGCCGUGGAGGUCCGGGGCCGCCUCGCCCUUGUGCCGGGCCUGCUCGCGGGGCUGGUCGACGUGGACACCCUUGCCCAUGUGGACUUUACGGAGGGCACAGAACUGAGCAGGGUUGUUGUCCGGCUGCCGGACUGGCUGCCGCAGGAGCUCCGUCGCAUCGCCUACGGCGGCGCCACCCGGCAAGACCUCAACGAGCCACCGCCCACCAGAGCAUCAGGGCGACGAGGCGGCAGCCUGCGCCCGGCCCACGCCGCGGUGAGCGGCCAGGGCCCGCCAGGCUUCGGGCUCUCCUCGCACGCCCGCCAGCUCGACCCCAUCGUCAUGGAGCUCCACGGCCUCAAGCUGCACGUCCGCACCUACUCCGAGUCGGAGCGGGGCGCCCUCCGCGGAAAGGUCGCCAGCGACGCGCUGCAGAGGCUGAUAGGCGGCGAUUGGUCGGCGAGGCCCGGCGACCUGGAGGCGGAGCGGCAGAAGGCC